AUGCUGGGGAGCAACCUCAAGAGCCUUCCCGACGUGGAGCUGGGCGAGGAGGAGCGCGGCUAUCGGCGGGGCCCCGACGGCGGCGCGGUGAUGCCGAAGCGGGCGAAGUCGGCGGCACCGGCGGCGGGGCCGCGGGGCGCGGAGCUGCGCGUCUUUAAGGCGAGCAGCGCGGAGGGGCGGCUGCCGGCCGGCUCCAACCUGCGCAAGCAGAAGUCGCUCACCAACCUGGCCUUCCUUACCGACGCCGAGAAGAAGCGGCAGCUCUACGAGCCCCGCUGGAGCGACGACAUGGCCAAGACGGCGCCACGGGGCGGCAGCGGCGGGGGGCGGCCGGGGCGGCGGCGGCCCCCGCGGCCGGAGGCGCCCGCCAUGUCGCGGAGCCUGUCCCGCUCCGAGCACUCGCUGCUGCCGCCGCGCCCCGCCGGCCCCGCCAAGCCGCCGCCCGCCGGCAAGCCCAGCCGCAUCCCCCGCGGGCCCUACGCCGAGGUGAAGCCCCUCAGCAAGGCCCCAGAGGCGGGCGGCGGCGGCAGCGGCAAGUGCGACGACGAGUUGCUGGACGGGAAGGGGCCGGCGGUGGCGGCGGGCGCUGAGGAGAAGCCCUACCUGAAGGUGGACCCCGAGCUGGUGGUGACGGUGCUGGGCGACCUGGAGCAGCUCCUCUUCAGCCAGAUGCUGGACCCUGAAUCCCAGAGGAAGAGGACAGUGCAGAACGUGCUGGACCUUCGUCAGAACCUGGAGGAGACCAUGUCCAGCCUGAGGGGCUCUCAGGUGUCUCACAGCUCCCUGGAGAUGACCUGCUACGACAGCGAUGAGGCCAAUCCCCGGAGCGUCUCCAGCCUCUCCAACCGCUCCUCCCCGCUCUCCUGGCGCUACGGGCAGUCCAGCCCGCGGCUGCAGGCGGGGGAUGCGCCCUCGGUCGGGGGGAGCUGCCGCUCAGAGGGCACCCCCGGCUGGUACCUGCACGGGGAGCGGGCACACUACUCGCACACCAUGCCCAUGCGCAGCCCCAGCAAGCUGAGCCACAUCUCCCGCCUGGAGCUGGUGGAGGCGCUGGACACGGAUGACGUGGAGCUGAAGUCGGGCUACAUGAGUGACAGUGACCUGAUGGGGAAGACACUGACAGAGGACGAGGACAUCACCACAGGGUGA